AGUCUGGAGUCUCCCUCAAUCUGCUGUUGGUAACUAACACACUCACACAUAGCUACCCACUCUCACCACGACUCAAUUAAUGCCCAAUUCUCUUCUUUAUCAUCUCCUGCCACUGACUUCAACCAACGCAAAUCGCGAAGGAGAGGAACAUAAGGCUCUUUUUGAAUAGUAACUGAAGGAGUAUACAUAAAGUAACGAACAUAAGUUUGCAGAGCCGUGAUGUCACAGAGCUGAGGAUCCUCUCGAACAAUAUGGAGUCUGGAGAGCGGCUGGCCUCCCCAUCGUCAGCCCCGUCCUCCCUGCACAUCACCUCCUCCACUGUCUCCUCCGCCGUCUACUCCCCAGCCCCUGCCCCUGUCUUGGCCAAGACGCCCUCCCUCAAGUGCAGUCUCACCCCCAGCCCUGCCACCCUGGGUUCCCCUCUCACCACCUGUGGAGACUUGUUUCGGGCGGCGGGCGAUCAUCAUUUCAACAUGUCUACGGUCUCAAGUGCCUUUCCCAUCUUCAACCACCCAGCGUUUGGUCUGUACACUACCAGCUCAGGGCACUCAGAGUUUGGAGGCCUGGGGUCCUUGGGGAUGUCUGCUGCCUUGGCUGCUCACUCCCAGCUUGGAGCCUUUCCAGGUAUGGGAGCCUUUCCAGAAUGGUGGAGGGCAGCUGAGGCUCAGGGGCGUGGAGCUGCAGCCUUCUUCCCACAUCUCCUGGGGCUCCCGCCCAUGUUCCUACCCCAACUCCAGCAGAGCCACGACCCCAGCCCCUUCCAGGCCCGCACCCCCAGCAAGAACGGACGAGCCACUGCCAAAGGAGUGAAUGGAGCAGUGAAUGGCAGCAGUGUCUCCACUGUGUCUGGGGGAAUCUCUACCACCGCCACUACGUUCUCAACACAGGGGAACACUGAGAAACUGAAAGGCACCAACAACGGCAGUGGCAAGAUCCGCAUGAGCCACCAGGACAUGAACCAAGUGAAGGAGAAAACGAAAGAGAAAAAACUUGGCAAGAAACUGGUGGAGGCGUCCAGCAACAGUGACAGCGAAUCAGGGUCCUCCUCUGAUAUCUCCAGCGAAGGCUUGAACAGCAGUGAGUCAGAUGACCUAGACGACGAUGACGACGAUCAGAGCAACGACAGCGACGAUUCUAACUCGGCGAAGGAGAGCGUAAAGAGGAAGAUUAAGGGCCUGACACAGAGCCCUGCCGACACCAAGAAGAAGAAACUCCGCGUCGCUGAAGGCGAGGAAGCUCGGGACAGCCGGACUGCUCUGCUUCAGAAACAUCCAGACGAGGCCUUUCUCCAUUCCCUCCACUACCCGCUCCAUCCCUCACCACAGCCCCCAGCGCUGCCCCAGUCCAUGGCCCUAGUCUUCCAGAGCUCCAGGACCAGGGAGGAAGAACUGAAGCAACACACCAGUGUGAUCCAGGCGACAGGGCGGGCCAGUAUUAAACCUUUGGCUCUGGUCACACAACCACGCAGGGAGGCCUCAUCCUCUCCUCAACCCACCAGACCCUUCUCCCUCUCCUCCUCACCUAAAUCCUACCCCCUUUCUUCCUCACCCAAACCGAACGCUGUCUCUUCUUCUCCCAAGCCCCUCUCCCUCUGCUCCUCACCCAAGCCCCUCAGUUCCUCACCCAAGCCCCUCAGUUCCUCACCUAAACCCUUGUCUCUGUCCACCUCAUCCAAGCCUCCCUCUCUGUCUUCCUCCCCAAAACCACCCACCCUCUCGCCCUCGCACAAACCCAAAUCUCGAACGGCCUCCCCCAAACUCCCCACCCUGUCUGACAGUAUGAAGGCGGGCGGCAGAACCUUCUUGGAUGAAACCUUGUUACACAUCAACAACUUUAAAUUGAAACAGGAGCACUUCAAACAGGCCUUCCCUCUUCCACUGACCCAUCAGGAUCUGUUCAAGAGCCCGAAGAAAAAGAAAAUGGCCGCCUCAUCAUCCUUGUCACUACCACCGCCCAAACUGUCUCCAGAGACCCUGAGCAGUCACACGCUCCCUUCUCCGCAUACCAAUAACUCCAACCUGUUCCUGGCCACCUCCUUCCUGGGCCCCCACCACAAUGGGGUGAUCCAUAGCACGGUGCAGGAUGCCCCCCUAGCCCUCAUCACCAAGCCUCGCAGUAUCAGUCAGAGCAGGAGCACCAACAACAAGUCUCUCCUGGCUGCCACCAGCCCGUCCUUCUCCAUGCCUGUCAACCUGAGCACUGGGACCAAGGAGCACAGUUCCGGAGGCCUGGCCUCUACCUCACCAGGCCUGGCCCACAGAGCUGGGAAGAGCAAGGCCCAGCACAAGGCUCUCCACAAGGGUAAGGAUCACCAGACCCAUCUGGUGCACUCCCUGGUGGAGCUGUUCCGGGGCACAGAGUCAGACAUCCCCGACAGCAAGGACUCGGACGACUCCGUAGAGGACGAUGACGAUGAAGAUGAUGACGACGAUGAGGAGGAUUCCGGCGACAGCCUAUCAGAGUCUGAGAGUAAUGUGGAGAGCGACUCGGACGGCUCUGAGGACAACGUGAAGGACCGCAACGAGACCACCACAGACCCGGAGGCAGAGACGACCGCUCUGAAGCUCACCAAAGGCUCCUCUUCUCUACUCAACAACACCUCCUCCGGCCUCUCAGCCAGCUGCUCCCCUCUCAACCUCCAGGUCAUCAAGGCAGCCGGUGGCCUGCCCACCCCAGCCAUAGUGACCAGCUCUGGGGCCUUGGCCUACCACAGCACCCCCUCCUCCUCCUCCUCCUCCACUCUCUGCUCCACUCCACCAGGAUCAGGGAAGAGAAGAAGAGUGACAGAUGAGAGGGAGCUGCGGACACCUCUACAGUUUGGGUGGCAGAGAGAGACACGUAUCCAUAAUGUGACAGGCCGUCUGCAGGGAGAUGUGGCGUACUACGCUCCGUGUGGGAAGAAGAUCCGGCAGUACCCUGAUGUCAUGAAGUAUCUGUCCAGAAAUGGAAUAAGUGACAUCACACGCGAUAAUUUUAGCUUCAGUGCAAAAAUAAGGGUUGGCGACUUCUAUGAAGCCAGAGAAGGACCCCAGGGUUUGCAGUGGAGCUUGUUGACCGAGGAGGAGGUGAUUCCUCGGAUCCUGGCCAUGGAGGGGAGGCGCGGGCGUCCCCCCAACCCUGAGCACCAGAGGACGGGUGACGAGAGCCCCCGGUCCAGGCGCAGAAAGGGCCGACGCCCCAACGUCGGCGAGGCCGACUUCCCAGGCGCUACUGACGCCAAACUUCUACGCAAACUGGAAGCUCAAGAGAUGGCUCGGCAGGCAGCCCAGAUCAAGAUGAUGAGGAAACUUGAACAGCAGGCCAUGGCACGAGCAGCCAAGGAAGCCAGGAAACAACAAGCAAUCAUGGCUGCUGAGGAGAAGCGGAAACAGAAGGAGCGAGUGAAGAUUUUAAAGCAGCAGGAGAAGAUCAAGCGCAUUCAGCAAAUUCUAAUGGAGAAGGAGCUCCGAGCGCAGCAGAUUCUAGAGACUAAAAGGAAAAAGACGGAAGAAGCGGCAAAUGCCAAAAUAAUGGAGGCUGAGAAACGAAACAAGGAGAAGGAGAUGAGGAGGCAACAAGCAGUCAUUUUGAAACACCAGGAGUUGGAGAGGCAUAGACUAGAUAUGGUAUGGGAGAGGGAGAGGCGGAGGCAGCACAUGAUGCUGACGAAGGCCAUGGACGCCCGUAAGAAAACAGAGGAGCGGGAGCGCGUAAAGCAGGAGAAGAAGGAUGAGAAACGGUUAAACAAGGAGCGGAAAUUGGAGCUUAGAAGACUGGAACUGGAAAUUGCCAAGGAGCUGAAGAAGCCAAAUGAAGACAUGUGCUUAGCAGAUCACAAGCUUCUCCCGGAAUUAUCCCGUAUUCCCGGCCUGUUUCUACCGGGAAGCAGCUUCUCUGACUGCCUGAUGGUGAUGCAGUUCCUGCGGAGCUUUGGGAAGGUGCUGGGCUUUGACGUGAACGCCCAUGUUCCCAACCUGAGUGUGCUGCAGGAGGGCCUGCUCAACCUGGGAGACAGCAUGGGACAGGUCCAGGACCUGCUGGUACGCAUGCUCUCUGCUGUGGUGUGUGACCCAGGACUGCCCCCAGGACACCGGACCAAGACAGCCCUGGGGGACCACCUGGCUAACGUGGGCAUUAACCAGGACAACGUGUCGGAGGCGCUUCAGAUCUACAUGGAGGCUCACCGUGACGAGACCGAGCUGCAGACCGAGCUGGGGGAGGUUACCGCCAGUCUGAAGACCAAGGCCUUCCAAGCCCACACACCCACACAGAAGGCCUCCGUCCUGGCCUUCCUUGUCAACGAGCUGUCCUGCAGUAAGAGUGUGGUCAGUGAGAUCGACAAGAACAUUGAUCACAUGACCAACCUGAGAAGGGACAAGUGGGUCAUCGAGGGCACACUUCGCAAGCUGAGGACCAUCCAUGCCAAGAAGACGGGGAAGAGGGACAGCGGUAUGGGAGGAGAGGAGACACAGUCUCUGGGUACACCCAACCCCGGGCGCAAGCGCAAGAGGAAAGGAGGGGACAGCGAGGAGGACGAGGAUGAUGACGAGGAUAGCGAGGACCAGGGGGAUGAAGAUGACGACGAGGAGGAGGAGGAGAGAGGGAAGAAAGGGAAGAAAGUGGAAACCUGCGAGGAGGAGGAUGACGGGGACCAGACAGCCAGUGUAGAGGAGCUGGAGAAACAGAUCGACAAAUUAACCAAGCAACAGAGUCAGAUCAGACGGAAGCUGUUUGAGUCGUCCCACUCGUUGCGCUCCAUGAUGUUCGGCCAGGACCGCUACAAGCGCCGUUACUGGGUGCUGCCACAGUGCGGGGGCAUCUUUGUGGAGGGCAUGGCGACUGGAAAAGGAGCAGAGGAGCUUGAGAGGGAGAGACUGAGGAGCACAGAGCUGGUCCACGUGAAGGAGGAGGAGGUGGAAAGGAGGCCAGGGAGCACUGACGGGGACAUGGCCACGCCAGACAAACACUCCCUCAACCUCUUCCUCCAGAAGCCCGGCUCCUUCUCCAAACUCAGCAAACUCCUGGAGGUGGCCAAGAUGUCCCCGGAUUCGGACAACCACAGUCAGAGCUGUAGUCCCAUCAAAGUCCCCACCACAGUGCCCUCCCCUAUCCACCCCACCACUCAGACUACACUACCCAGCAGCCCCUGUGCAGCUCCCUCUCCGCUUUGUCCGGAGGUGAAAGCGGAGCCUUCCACAGCUCUCUUCAGCCCGCCCUACCUCAGCGGCAACAGCAGCCCAGGGAAGAUGUCCUCCAGCUCCGUACAGCAGCAGCUCCAGCCCAACGACCAGCUGUUAAGGGCGCUGAUGGAGAAGAGUGGCCACUGGUUCAGUCUGCUGCCCCGCUCCCCCUGUGACGAGUCGUCCACCACCACCCCUCCGGCCUUCUCCCCCCAAUCCUCCUCCCUGUCCCCUAAUCCCCCAGCCACCACCUCAGCCAGCAACCCCACCACCGGGAUAAAUAACUUCUCUUUAUCAGCUCUCCAGCAGGUGAAGUCGGGGGUCCAUAUGAUGGGUCUGCCAUUCUGUGGCUGGCCCGGUGGCAUGAUGAGCACCACCCUUCCCUUCUCUGCCAGUCCUCUUCCACCCUCCAUGUUGAGCGCUGCCUACCACCAUGUGGAAGGUAAUGGCAACCCCUUCCUGGCAGCAUCCAGCCUCUCCAGCAGCAAGAGUAAGUCGCCAGUGCCUGCCGGAGAGAAGCUCCCCUCUGCCCCGCCCACUGUGGUGGAGGUGGCCAAGACCCAAGACUACCCCAACCCACUGCCCAUCCCAGAGGAGAUGCUGUCAGGCUGGUGGAGAGUGGCAGACAUGGAGGAGUUGAGGAGCCUGGUUAAGGCCUUGCACAGCAGAGGUAUCAGAGAGAAAGCCCUGCAGAAACAGAUCCAGAAACACAUGGAGUACAUUGCCCAGGCCUGCGCCAAGAACAGAGAUGUGGUGGUGAUUGAUGAGUCUGAGCUGGAGGAGAACGGGGUGAGCGAGGAGACGGUGGAGAGCUGGUGUGUGGAGGAGCAGGCCAUGGAGAUGGACAUCGCUGUGCUGCAGCAGGUGGAGGAGCUGGAGAGGAAGGUCACCUCGGCCAGCCUCCAGGUCAAGAGUUGGAUGUAUGCGGAGCCCCAGUCAGAGCGAGGGGACCUGGUCUACCAUGAACACAAGCCCAUCGCUAAGCUGCUUCCAGCCGGGGAGGAGCAGCCUGCAGGGGACAAGGAGAGGGCCAGUGGCAACAACAGCCUAGUGCGGCACGUCAACAACCCGCUAGAUAUAGCCGUAACACGGCUGGCCGAGCUGGAGAGGAACAUCGAGCGAAGGUACCUGAAGAGCCCCUUAAGUACCACCGUUCAGGUCAAACUGGAUAAUGUGCUGGGUACGGUCACUGUCCCUGCUCCCGCACCAUCCCAUAAUGUUGAUGGUGAAGGGGGGGAAGAGGGGCUGGCUCCGGGCAUGAAGGUGUGGCGCAAGGCCGUGGGCGAGGUCCGCAGCGCUGCCCAGCUGGCUCUCUGUGUCCAGCAGCUCCAGAAGUCCAUCGCAUGGGAGAGAUCCAUCAUGAAAGUGUACUGCCAGUUGUGUCGAAAGGGGGAUAAUGAGGAACUACUCUUACUCUGUGAUGGCUGUGACAAAGGCUGCCACACGUACUGCCAUAAACCCAAGAUCACCACAAUACCUGACGGUGACUGGUUUUGUCCUGCUUGCAUAUCGAAGGCGAGCGGUCAAUCCCCCGAGAAUAAGAAGCACCAGAGCCGAGCGGGAGCAGCCGGAGGAGGGAAGAGAGGCACCGAGGUAAAACGGAGCAGGAAGCUAUCGUCCGUAGCCAGCGCAGAGGUCUCCGAGGACGAUGCUGCCAGCAGCAGCACUCCAAAGAAAUGGAGCAAAGAGCCCAAAAAGAGGAAGAGCCUAGGAGAGGAGAGCCCAGCCACAAACCAGUCCAAGCAGGACAGUACUAGUCCUGUCUGUGGGAAGAAGGCUAAGACGGCCACGUCGGCCAGAGACGACGAUAAGGAUCUGAACUUGUGCAGGGUGCUACUGGCUGAGCUGGAGGUUCACCAGGAUGCCUGGCCCUUCCUGAACCCUGUCAACCCCAAAUCUGUCCCCGGCUACAAGAAAGUCAUCAGGAAACCCAUGGACUUCUCCACUAUCCGAGAGAAACUCGUUAACAGCCAGUACUUGAACCUCGAGACGUUUAUCAUCGACGUCAACUUGGUUUUUGACAACUGUGAAAAGUUCAACGAAGAUAAUUCGGACAUUGGGCGAGCAGGACACAACAUGAGGAGUUUUUUUCAGAAGAGAUGGACUGAGCUGUUAAAACAAACCAACUAGGCUAGUUUGUACUACUUUAUCCUCACUAUACUGUAUGGGACCAGCAGUAACCACUCUACACUCACAAGCAGGAGUGACAGUAUUGGUCUGAAGACUGUCUUCAAGACCUAAGGUUCAAGUCUCUCUGUCAGCAACCAGGGAAUCUUCAUUCAUUUACAAUUGUAAUGCUACGUAUUGACUUCACUGAUGUACAGUACAAUACUAGUUGUGUAAGAGCAAGGAAAUGCACCCAAAGAGUUUCAGACAAAAGGGGUGGGUGUUUUUAAAGUGCAAUACCAUUUCCUAGAAGAAACCACACUGAAUCCACCACCAACAGAGCUGUAACUGGGAACAAAAGCUUUCCAACUAACUGUACAUAUAAUAUUACAGUGAAUGUAUUUAAUUUUGCCAAUUAUUUAUCAGUGGAAAUGGUUUUCAUUUUCUAAGAAAAGGAAGAAAACUGCUUUAAAACAACAACAAAAAUCUUAUGGAAUGUUUUGCGAACAUUAAAACAAAAGCCAAGGGGGAAAAAUGAAUUGUUUACACUGCUCUGUGCCUCCAGGGCGCCACAAGAUUCAUGACGGUAAUACUGUAAUGCUGCGUUUCAAUGUAUGUUUUGCAUCGCUAACAUAACCUAGACAGUGAGGCAACAAUGGCACAUCUGUAUAUACUGUUUAUUAAUGUUAAUAUUAAGUCUUGAUGGUAAAAUGUAUGAUGUGUACAUACAGCACUGUUACAAGACACCUGAUAUUGUUUAUGCCUUAGAAUGAUUGUAGUGUUUAAUUUCAGUCUUAAAGUGAUAAAUACAUGUAUAUUGCCUGUACCGUAUAUCCUCUGCAAACACUGUGGUCUCCUCAAUCUUGGUAGUGCCUGCCCUCUCAAAAGUUUGUGGAGGAUAUUAUUUCAAUCCUUUGGUUUUGUAUUCCUUCAAGUGUGUGUGUGUGUGUGUGUGUGUGUGUGUGUGUGUGUGUGUGUGUGUGUGUGUGUGUGCGUGCGUGCGCGCCAGUAUACGAAAUGUCAACCCUCGUAGGCCUCGAAUUCUGACAUCUUCCUAUCAUCAGUAUAGAAUGCAUUGCGAUGCACAGUACCUUUCAUAAAAGCAUUUAUCUCUAUUUGCCUUGCCACAGACCCAAGGACACUGGAACAUUUUGUAAUAACCAGGGUAUUCCUGGUUAAAUUUCAUUUAAAUUCCAUUCAAUAUCAGGAAGUACACUGAAAUUCCAAUUAUCUUCAAUGCUUUUCAAUGAGGAAAAUUUGGAAUUAGAAUUUGGUUUCCUUUCUAAAUUGACUGGAUUUAAAUGGAAUUGAUCCCAACCCUGGUAAUAACCACUGUGUUUGGCCUACUGGUGGCAUCUUGAGCAGUGUUUUGUACCUGAGUCAGAGUACUUGAAGUUAUUUUAUUUAUGAAUAUUGUGAGGAAAAGUAGAAUUUUUUUGUAGGAGCAUUAUUUUUCACUAGUGUGUGUGGCACGGAUCUAAUAAAAAUGAUCUUUUUGAACUCUG